CCGGCAGCGCAGGUGGCUGCGACCCCCCGUGUCCCCGCUCCACCUUCCCCUCCUCAUCCUCACCAGCCCCCGGCGCGGGCCGGCAGCCCCCCCCCACCCCCGGCACGACCGCGGCGGGAGGCGGCAGCCGAAGGGUUAAUGCCCCGGGAACCAGCCCCGCGGGCGUUCACCGGCCGGGCAAGGUGCCACUGGGCCACCGCGGCUCCCCCGGGCACCCGGCCUGGCACCAGGGGGCUACCGGGGGGGCUACCGGGGCUGGCGGCAGCCGGCAGUUGUUUGCCACGCACCUGCGGCUGGAAUGCGGCCGGCACGGGGCGGGUGGCAACCGGGCACGGCCGAGGCCACGGCUAAUUACAGCCCGGUCCGGCCCGGUGGCGAGCGGAUGUUUGUGACCUGUUGAGCUGCCGGCCGCGGCGUUGCCGGCCCCACGGCGUGCCGAGCCCCCCGGCGUGGUGAGGAAUCGGUAACCCCCGGCGGACGGUGGCCGUGAGCUGACGGCGGUGGCGGCGGUGCCGGCCCCCCCGGGGAGGCGUUGGUGCCGUUGGCGAUGGCCCCCAGCGCCGCGGGGCCAGGAGGUGCCACCGGCGUCGCCGAAGCCCCCGGGCAGGAGCAGGGGGACGUCACUGUCCCCCUCAGCCCCCUGCCGGCCCCCCCGGCCCCCCGCCUCCCCCCCGCCAUGCUGCUGCCGGAGUCCCCCUUCCCCAGCCGGGCGCUGGCGGCCCUGGACUCCCUGGCCUGGGGGCUACUUGCCCCCAGUGUCUGGGCCGUCAACGGGCUCCUGGACCUGCGGCCGACGACGGCGGAGCGGGGCCGGUGGCGGUGCUGCGGCUGCGCCGCGAGGGCCGUGGCGGCGCCGGCGUACGCCGCGCUGCUGCUGCUCACCUUGCCCUUGGCCGCGCUGGGGCUACUGCUGUGGCUACCGGUGCAGGCCACGCGGCGGCCCUUCGUCUACCAGUACACGGCCGGCACGGCGCCGGCGGAGCCGUGGGAGCUUCGGCAGCGCCGGACCUUCACCUUCCUCACCGCCAACCUCUGCCUGCUGCCCAGCGGCCUGGCCAAGUUCAGCAACCUGGGCCAGACGCCGCGUCGCGCCGCCGCCAUCGCCCGCCGCCUCGCCCCGGCCUCGCCGCGCCCCCACCGCGGCCACCGCGCCGGCCUGGUGGAACCGCGGCACGGGCAGGCCAGCAGCUACGGCGGGACCCUCUGCGCCGCCCCGCGACCCCCCGGCAGCGUGACGGUGGAGGUGGAGACCGAGCCGGUGACGACCGAGCCGACGGUGGCCGAGCCAGUGAUGACCGAGCCGACGGUGGCCGAGCCGGCGGCGUCGCUGGCCGAGCGCUUCCCGUCCGACGCCGACUUUGUGUGCCUGCAGGAGGUGUUCGACGCCGGCGCCGCCGCCAUCCUGCGCCGGCGCCUGUCCGGCACCUUCCCCCACCUGCUGUGGGGGGUGGGCGGCCGGGGGCUGCGGGGGGGGGCGCUGAAGCUGCUCGACAGCGGGCUACUGCUGGCCAGUCGCUACCCGCUGCUGGCCGCCCGCUACCACGGCUUCCCCAACGGCGCCCGCGAGGACGCGCUGGCCGCCAAGGGGCUGCUGGUUGCCCAGGUGCUGCUGGGCUCGGCGCGGGGACGCAGGGUGGUGGGCUACCUCGGCUGCACCCACCUGCAGGCGCCCGCAGGCGACGGCCGCAUCCGCGAGGCGCAGCUGACGCUGGCGCUGGGGUGGCUGCGGCUCUUCCGGGAGGAGCAGGAGCAGCGCGGGGACGUGGUGGCCUUCGACGUCUUCUGCGGGGACCUCAACUUCGACAACUGCUCCCCAGGUGACGAGCCCACCCAGCGGCACCGGCUGUUCGAGGCGUACCGCGACCCCUGCCGCCGUGCGCCGGGGCAGGAGGAGCCCUGGGCCAUAGGGACCCUCCUCGACCACCUGAGGAUCUACGAGGAGCCCGUGUCCACCCCCGAGAAGAUGAAGAGGACGCUCUCUCAGCCGGGGGGGCGGCAGCGUUACCUGGCGGGCCCCAUCCUGGCCAGUGGCCAGCCCGCCCCGCUGGCCCCCGGCCCCUGGCACGGCCGGCGCCUGGACUACGUCCUGUUCCGCCAGCCCCCCGGGGACCCCCCCCUGCGCACGGAGGUGGCGGCCGUCUCCUUCGUCACCCAGCUGGCCACCCUCUCCGACCACUUGCCCGUGGCCCUGCGCCUCCGCGUGGCCCCCGCGGGCCCCUGAGCCAGGCGCUGCGGCGCUGCUCCGGCACCGGGCCACCACCAGGCCAGCACUGGGCCACCACCAGGCCAGCACUGGGCCACCACCAGUCCGGCACUGGGCCACCACCAGGCCAGCACUGGGCCACCACCAGGCCGGCACUGGGCCACCACCAGGCCGGCACCGGGCCAGCAGCAGUUGGGCAGUGUUCCGGCACUGGUCUGGCACUGGUCCAUCACAGGCCUGGCACUGGUGGCCCUAGUGGCCCUGGUGGCCCUGGUGGGACUGGUGGCCCUGGUGGCCCUGGUGGCCCUGGUGGCACUGGUGCCAGACAUGGUUUUAGCAACGGGAGUGAAAUAAAGGCCCGGAGCGCAGCGGGGUGUGGGUGACCUGUGCCACCGCGUCCCCGUGCCACCGUGUCCCCAUGUCCCUGUGCCACCGUGUCCCCAUGUCCCCGUGCCACCACGUCCCCACACCACCAUGUCCCCAUGUCCCCGUGCCACCACAUCCCUGUGCCACCACAUCCCCAUGUCCCUGCACCACCAUGUCCCCAUGUCCAUGUGCCACCGCGUCCCCGUGCCACCAUGUCCCCAUGUCCCUGCGCCACCAUGUCCCCGUGCCACCACAUCCCUGCGCCACCAUGUCCCCAUGUCCCUGCACCACCUUGUCCCCAUGUCCAUGUGCCACCAUGUCCCCGUGCCACCAUGUCCCCAUGUCCCUGUGCCACCACAUCCCCGUGCCACCAUGUCCCCAUGUCCCUGUGCCACGACGUCCCUGCACCACCACAUCUGUGCGUCCCCAUGUCCCCAUGUCCCUGCACCACCACAUCCCUGUGCCACCAUGUCCCCGUGCCACCGUGUCCCCAUGUCCUGGUGCCACCGUGUCCCUGCCAUGGUCUAUGGGGCCCUUGGGGCCGGCUCUGUGGGGACACUUGGGGACCCUCAAGUGACCACUCUGU